AGCAGCAGUGUCACAGUAGUACGCUGCGGUCUCGUAUACGGCGGGUGUGUGGGUGCUCUCUUAUACAGCGAAUCGUUCCGCAAAAGUUUCUCUGGCGUUUGUUACGAUCAGUGCGUCGUCGUUACACGGUAGAAGAAACCGAGGGAGGCGCAUUAAACGUUGGACGAAACGAGGAAAUCGAAAGUACGACCGUGUUCGGGAAUUUAACAACGGGGCCAGCCAGAGGACGAAAGAUGAAGGGGAUGUUGGUAGCCGCGCUGCUGGCCGUUCUGACGAUCUGCCGGGUCCAGGCGGUGUCGGAGAGGCUCGAGUUGGCACCAGCUGGAGGAAGAUCAGAGCCGCAAGUUGCAACGUUAUGCGAGGCGGGAGACGUGUAUCUGGCACAGCACAUGGGCGAGCAGGGACGUUGGGUCUCCUCGGCUGACAAGAAGAGUUGCAUGACGGACAAGCUCGAGAUCCUCGAAUACUGCAAGAAGGCUUACCCUAAGAGAGACAUCACCAACAUAGUCGAAUCAUCGCACUACGUGAGGGUCAGCGGUUGGUGCAAGCCAGGGAGGACCAAGUGCAAAUUGUCACGAUGGGUGAAGCCGUACAGAUGUCUAGAGGGACCGUUCCAAAGCGACGCGUUGCUCGUGCCAGAAGGUUGCCUGUUCGACCACCUCCACAAUCAGACGAAAUGCUGGGAAUCUCACAGAUGGAACGCGACCGCCGCAGACACCUGCAGAGAGAGAAACAUGAACCUGAGGAGCUUCGCGAUGCUCUUGCCUUGCGGAAUAUCCCUCUUCUCCGGUGUCGAGUUCGUGUGCUGCCCGAAACACCUGAAAGUUUCCCUUAUUAACUACGACAGUUUCCAAUCAGCAGAAAAUGUGAAGCCCAAGAAGCCUAUCGACUUGCCAAUUCCGAAGGGUAUGGACGACGAACUCGACGAGGAUGAAGACGAUCUCGAUGACGAGGACGACCUUGACGCCGAUACGGACGACGAAGAUGAUUCUGACGCAGACCCUGAGGACGUCCUCAGCGAUCAGCCCGACGACGAAGAGAGCGACGAGGAGUACCUCGACGAUUACGACACCACGACAAGUCGAUUAUCAACUACAAUCUCAACGACGGAAAAACCUAAACAGGACGUAACUGCGAUGCCAUUGCCGGUUAGCACCAGCACGCAGCAGUCACCACAGUCGCAGAGCACACCGGAUCCUUAUCUGACGCACUUUGAUCCCCGUUCCGAGCAUCAGAGCUACAAACAAGCACAAAUGAGGCUCGAGGAGGUGCACAAGGAGAAAGUGACAAAAGUGAUGAAGGAUUGGAGUGAUCUCGAGGAGAAGUAUCAAGACAUCCGUGCACACGAUCCCGUUGCUGCUGACGCUUUCAAGCGAUGGAUGACGGUGCGAUUCCAGGAGACUGUCGCCGCCCUGGAGGAAAGCGGUGCCGCAGAAAAACAUCAGUUGAGUGCUAUGCAUCAACAGAGAGUGCAAGAGGCCGUCAAACAGAGGAACGAGGAAGCGAUGUCGUGCUAUACUGCUGCUCUGAAUGAGAAUCCUCCAAAUAUGCAUCGCAUUCAGAAGUGUCUGCAGAAGCUUCUCCGCGCUCUUCACAAAGACAGGCACCACACGAUCGCUCGUUACAAACACUUGCUGGACAGCAGCUUGGAACAAGCCCAACGCGAGAAGCCAGCAACGUUGGAACACUUGGCGGAGAUCGAUAGAAUCACCAACCAAAGCCUUUUGAUGCUAGAACGGUAUCCUGAUUUAAGCGCAAAAAUUGGCCGGCUUAUGGAUGAUUACGUUUUGGCCCUCAGGAGCAAAGAUGAGACUCCUGGACUACUGCUCGCGAUGACACGAGAAGCGGAAGCAGCUAUUUUAGACAAAUAUCAGGCUGACGUCACCAGCAAACAGCAAGAAAAAGAGCAUCAGAAGCAACUCGAAAGAGCGCGUAAGGAGCAACGCAAAGCGGAACGCGGCGAAUUACGUACCGAACAAGCGCAACAGGAAGAGAAUGACUCGAUAAACGACAACAAAGAACCUCAACAGCAACCAGAACAACCCUCGGCAGUAGCCGCUAUGCACAGUGAGGGACUCGUUAGAGCAGCUCACAGCAUGACUCAUGAUAUUUCCCAUUCCGAGCCGGGUUACUCGUUGAGAAGGGAAGCCUAUCACAGGGAGAGUCGAUCCGUCUAUUUCACACUUGCGUUUGCUGGAAUUGCACUUAUGGCUGCUGCGGUAGUUGGCGUAGCAGUAUUCAAGAGGCGCAGUGCGAGAAGCCCUCAUAGUCAGGGUUUCAUCGAGGUUGAUCAAGCAGCUACACCGGAGGAGCGACACGUUGCAAACAUGCAAAUCAACGGAUAUGAAAAUCCUACAUACAAAUACUUCGAGGUCAAAGAAUAAUCGAGUCACCUCGGUCUACAGAGUUUUAUUUGAAACUGGUCUUAAUUGUCCGUUCUCGCGUAUGUCCUUCAAGAAUCUCAUAGUAUUUUGUUAGUGUAAGAUAUCUUUCAGGUUCGAGGUUCUUCCGAAGAUUCAAAGGUACUUAUAUAAAUUUACAUCUUAGUGAUACGUGGAAUAAAAUCUGUCCAUAGGGAGAUAGGUAUUGCAAUACGGUAUCAUUAAGCGACGUCUCUUUAUAUAGCUCGCGACGUAAUACAACCAUACUUUAUGCUCUAUGAUAUGUAUAAAGCAAUGUUCAUACUACAUCUGAUAGAUAGAAACGAUACGAGUUUUUACCCUACGAAUACUACUCGUAACACCGUGAUUAUCUACGAGACAAUGUGAAAGGGAAACAACACGCCAAUGUGCCAUAUGGGAAACACGCAAAAAUCGUCUUCGGAAGUAUCUCAUACACGUUGUUUUCGUUUCGUUGUCAUACAUGUUAUUGAAAAGAAAAAGAAAAAGAAGAAAAAACGCAGGAAGGAGCGCUCACAAUAAGAAAAAAAAAUAUUAAUAAAAAAAAUCGUUACACGCUAACGUUACGCGAUAAUAACCUUCGGAUCGGAAGGCUGUGGACUAUGAUCAGUUAUAAAUUCGUUGCUUCCGGCAGCAAAAAAAAAAAAAAAAAUGCGAAUGCUUUCGAGAGAAACGUGUAUGUCUCGUCAGCGACGCGUUCGAUUAAUGUGUGUGCUGUUGCGCUCUUUGCUGUAUUUUUGUGUUCUGAUAUUUUUGGAGAUAGUCAAUGGCAAUAAAGGUUACACAGCUUGAAUUAAUACAUGAAACGAAAAACACGAUAGCAGCUGUAGCAGCAGAAAGGUAUAAUCCGACAAAGAAAAAAAAACCAAAAAGAAAAAAAAAUGAAACCAUAUUACUAAGCACUACGCGAAACAACGUAUAUAUAUGCUGAAAACGCUCUUAAAAUAUCAGAACUGCAGUCAAUGCACGUUCACCUUCGCGAUGCAGCUGUUUUUCAUCUCCGUUCGAUUCCCACUGCCUGAUUUUUUCAGCGACCUUUCAGUACUUAACGUCUACUUAGAUUAUACAACUUUAUACUUAAGAAAUUGAAAAAAAAAAAAAUCGUGAACGUAUCUAAAGUUAACGAAGAAGCAAGAUAUUUUAUCAUUCCAUAAGAAAGUCCACUAUCUUAUCGAGGUGCUGUCCGAAUGUAUGAACGGAAAAUAUUCAGUAGCCUUGUUCGACUUGGCCGAGACGCCGUUCGUUUUAGAAACAAACGUAUCGAAAAAAGUCACGCCGAGGCUGCCGAAUAAGAGGAACAGUUAACAGGAGUUUUUUUGUGUGGCAUUAGUACCUUCGAUUUAGGUCGAAUAAGUGGCGACUGUUGAAGCAAGCAUUUACGUCCUCUUCUUUUUUCUCUCUCUCUUUUCUUUCGUUUCUGUAUCAUUUUCGUCUUUUUGUCGUUUACGUUUACUUUUUUUUUUUUUUAUCGAAAGAUGGUUCAUACAAUAACUAUCUUAGGAUAUUAAUUAUAUAUGAUGACGAUAAUAUAUUACACGUUUAAUGCUUAUAUAUUUGUAUAUGGUCAAAUGAUAGUAGGCCGCACUUUAGCCAGGGUCGCGUGGGAAAGCACAGCUUUCACUUAUUUUUCAAUGAAUAUUGCACGAUUCCAUUAGACUGUAUACAAUUUAUAUCGAAUCGACGGUAUCGUGUACCCAGCUUGACAAGCGUCGUGUACGAUUACAAACAAUUUUAGCCGCGCAAGUAUUAAGUUGAUUAACGAUUUAAGAUGCUUUUCAUUCUUAUGGUUACGCGUAAGAUUGCUCAUCGUUUGUGAAAGUUGUACUCUCUACUAACCUAUUAAGGUUACUUUGUUUUAAUGCUAAUUUUUUGCUAAAAUAAAUCAAGCGAAUGCGCAAACCGAGGACAGUCAAUAUCCUUGGAUUCCUAAGCGCACGUGAAGCAGCUGCCUUCCUGUUUAGCAAACAUCACGACUGUUUGUCUCACGCAACUCCGGUGGAAGGAUGAGCCGACGGAACACGCACAGGCACACACAUUCGCGCAUCGCUGAGUGUUAAAAAUAUUAUUUUAGAUAUAUUAAAAGAAAAAAAAAAUGAUAGCAAUUAACUAUAUGUCUAUGAAUACAACAAAAGCAUAGCAUCAAUGCGUUAAUAAUAAUAAUGAUAAUAUAAAUAUCUAUAUAUAAAUAUAUAUGUUCGUGUACGCGUGUGUGUGUGCGUGUGUAAUAUAUGAACAAUAUACAUAUACAUAUACAUGUACACCUAUCAAAUUAACUAUACAUUAUGUACCUAUAGCAUAUAGUCGUUGAAAUGAGAAAAACAUUAACAUGUCGCGUAUAAAUCGGACUUGACACGGAUUCACAGAUGUUGAGGUCACUCUCGAAACUAGGAAAACGUUUCUUUCUUUCGGCGCGAUGUCGUUCCGGUCUUUUUUAGUUCCUACCUAUCGUAAAGAAAAAGAACAAAAGAGCAAAAGAACACAAAAAUCGUAUGCGAGCAUACAUGGUAAUUGGCCUAUGUUUGGCGGACGUGGUGUUCGUCAUACGUUAUAUUCGUCGAAUGGAACAUAACGAGAACAGCGCCCAUAAUAGUGCUUGCCUCAGAUAUGAGCAAAAUUUAUAAUAAAAAAAAGCAAAGUAACGUAAUCUAUCAGCGACGUUUAUUGCGUAGUCAUACAGAUCGAUAUCUAGUCUCUCGGCAUGAAAUGUAACAUUCUAAUUUUCCAUUAACCCUGUAUCGCAAUCGAUUAAUAGAUCUUUAAGUUCGAUCGUUGAUCCCUCUUUCUGAAAGGUAAAACGAAAAUGUAUCCAUCGUAGGCUUCACGACGAACGGACAAAGAUAUUGGUCGUCUUUUAUUCGUUACUCGAGAAAUUUUCAUUUAGAUAAGAAUUUUGCCUAUCUCUGGCAAGAUCACGAACACCAUCGAUCUCGCGCUCGCAUGAUCCGCGAGAUCUAGCGUUGGCGAGGAACACGUAAGCGCAUGUAUUUAACAUAACCCCCAUGAUUACCGUCGACGUAAACAUAAUCUUCGCGAGAAAUCGAAGAACGCUGUUUACUUCGACGACUAUUCUGGGAAACCUAACGGUUGUAAUCAGUAUUAACGCGAAACGCCCCCCUCCUCCUCCCCCCGCCCCCCCCCCCUACCUCUUCGAAGCAUAUCAGUUUUAGUCGGUCGUUGGUUUGGCGAUAGUGCGUAUCAUUGCUUAACUUCAAGAUGCUGUGAAUUUGCGUCGAGCCACCCUGUAUAAGUUUAAGAAUUGAUUUUUGUAAAGAGGUAAUAAAUAUUUACCGAGGUAAUUAACUUAGCUUAAAGGAAGAAGAAGAAAGAAAAAAAAAAAAGACACGCGAGAAGCCAGGAAACGGAAGAAAGGAACAAAAAAUAAGAAAAUAAAUACGUCCUUUGCAUAAGCGGUUUGGGAUUUAGAAGUUGGCGAAUGGGAAUAAUAACGGAACUAAACUUUAUUUUUACAGUUCUCUCGGUAUUUACAGCGACUGAAAAAUAUAUAUCCGUACGCUGCGAGAGGUAGUCCGUAUUAAAUGGCGAUAAUACGUGUACGAGCAUAGUACAUUAAUAAACGAAAUGUGUCGAAACUUACAUUAGCGAAUUAACGUAACUUUCGUGUAUGUAUUUUAGCGAAGAUCAAGUAAUCGAUUAGGAUACAUAGGCAGAAUUCAUGAGCAGAUACAAGCAUCAAAGAGAUAAAAGUAUUCGCGUAGUAUCUUUUUUUAUAUAUAUAUAUAUAUUAAUGGACUUUAUCACGUACCAUGGCUUACAAUCACUUGAGCAUCGAUAUGACUAGAGUAUUUUUCACGUUUUUCGUAACUGUAAUUUCCCAUGUAUUCUAUUCUACAGGGUGUCCCAAAAAUGUUGUAACACCUUGAAAGAGGUGGUUGGGGAGGUGAUUUGAAACAACUUUUUCCUUAGCGAAAAUGUUGUCCGAGGCUUCGUUGAGGAGAUAUUGACGGAAAACGUCGACCAAUCAGAGCGCGCGGAUACCGUUGUAGCGGGCGCGGUAGCGAAGGCUAUGUGCUAAGCGGCCGCGCUUGUACGCGAACAAGCGACUCAACGUGCAUCGAAGGCCAUUGACGCGGCCGCUUAGCUCGUAGCCUUCGCUCUCGCGGGCGCUCCAACGGUAUCCGCGCGCUCUGAUUGGUCAGUGUUUUCCGUUAAUAUCUCUUCAACGAAUCUUCGGACAACAUUUUCGCUAAGGAAAAAGUUGUUUCAAAUCACCUCCCGAACUACCCCUUUCAAUAUGUUACAAAAUUUUUGGGACACCCUGUAUAUGUUGCAACGAGUUAUCGAAUCUAAACGAAGUCUAUGUUAACGCAGUGUAAGUCACGACGCAUCUGAUCGUUAAACAAUGCUCUGUACGCGAAGAAUAUCGCCAUUCGACGCAGAAUUCUUCGCGGUGUACGAGCGUAUCUUUUUUCGGACACUGUACAUCGAUUCUUAUGAUUCUAUCGAUUCCACGUCUUUGACGAACGUUGAGCGCAGCCACUGAACUAUACCGUAUAGUCGUGUAGGUCACUCGCACGCCACCGAUGAAACGCGAGAGUGUGCCCCGAAAAAUUGUGUGUGCAAUAUAUUGGCAUUGGUGUAUGUAAGCCUACAUCAUCGCUGUAUAAUUAUAUAGUUGUCGAUCUUGUACGCCCAAGCGCUCGUCGUGGUCUUUAGACAAAGCGGUUUUAAUGCGAAAUCAAAGUUCUGUCCGACGUCGGCGACGAUUGUUCUAGUCAAUAAUUACUCGAUGUUAGUCAUUUUUAUCUGUCGGAUUUACUUUCGGCUCUGGGAUUGAUCGGUUUUAGUCGGCGUCUGCGUUUGAUAACAAAUUUGACAUUUUACAAAUAACGAUCGGUUAAUCAAAGAAAACAAACACGACGGAAAUCGAAAUGCAGCUUGGAUCGUAAAGGAAGGCAGGGCGGGGCGGGGGGGGGGGGGAGAUGUGAUGAAUGCAUAUAUGGACUAUUCGGUUGUUUUGAAUCCGUAGAAUUGGUUGAAUCACGCGUUUCGCUAUAGAACGCUUCUGCGAUCGUUCUUCGACGUGUAGAAAAAAAGAGUUACUUAAAAUCGGAGGAUAAAACCUAACCAGCUCCCCCGUAUCCCUCUUUCUCCAUCACGAAGUAUUUCUCCUCGCCACUCACAAAUUUUAUCACAUUAUUACACUCCGUGAAAGAACGUAUAUUGUGUUUGUGGAUAUAUGUAAUUUUACUUAUCAAUAAAGAAAUUACAAAGGUC